AUGUCGAGUUCAGAUUCGGGAGAUGAGAUUAUUGACAGGAAGCCAGCGAAGGUGAGUUAUAAUAUUGUUGUUGUUAUUAUAUUAAUUUAGAAGAGACCAGCAAAAGAUGAUGGAGACGAGAAAGGGCCAGUUUCCAGCAAGAAGUCCAAAGUAAACAAGGCAACUGAUGCGGAUGGAAAUGAGGUAAAUAAUUUAAAUUUUUUGUUUUAGAUUUGACAGCUAUUUUAAUGUUUUUGCUUAAUUUUAUAUAGUUACCACUCACAUUAUGUUUUUAUGUUUUUAGAUGUUGGAAAUUGGAAACAAUCGUUUCCUGACUGUACGUGAAUUUAAAGGAAAGGCGUUGGUCGAUAUUCGUGAGUAUUAUAUGAAGGACGGCAAACGCAUGCCAGGCAAAAAAGGUAUCAGUCUUUCUCGUGAGCAGUUUAUGACUAUGAAGGAUCUCAUUGGUGACAUCGAACAGAAGUUGAACGACAUUUAA